AGUCGGCGGACGAUACGGCUGACAGUUAUAAGACAGGAAACUUGCUUUGACCGAUGAUUCUCUUGGGCAGCUGGCUAAUGUGUAUCAGAUCAUUUUAAUAAUGCGUACCUAUUUGUUCAUCCUCACCCUGACAUUUGUAGCAGCAACAAAUGGCCAGCAAACCGCCAAGUUGUUUCCUGAGCCAAACAAUAUUACGACUUCAGUAGACAGCUCAUAUAACAUCAAUAAGAUAGUAGAUAUACUACUCGCAUUGGUAAAGGUUGAGCUGAACUCAAAAGACCUAGAUCGUUUAGACCUACCCGACUUCCAAGAAGACUUCAAGAAAAAGGUUGGCCCAAUCAGAGUAAAAGGCUACUUCAAGGGCUGGAGUGGCUGGACUAAGUCUCUUACCUCCCUAAGACGAACAGGGGACGCCAUUGUAAAUGAAAAUGGAGGGAAGAUCUCUUUAGAAAUUCCACUUGGUUUCGCCGACCUUCAAUUUGGGUACCAGUACCAGGCCAAGCUGCGUAGAGUCGCAAGUACUAGUGGACAUGUGACAGCAACUGUUGGGUCGAACGCUGUUCGUCUGCAGGCAACCGCAGUUCUUUCCACUACAGAAUGUUCAGCGUCUGUUGAUUCGAUCCAAUUGACUGAUCUGGGAAACAUUAAAGUUAAAGCAACGGGCCUGGGGCCUCUCAAUUUUCUCCUCGAUAAGAUAGCGACGUGGGUCACAAAAAGAAUGCAUUCCAAAAUUGAAGACGCAGUGCAAAAUGGUCUCAAAAAAGCAAUUGACAAGGCCGGACUAAAGUUUAAUUGCUUCUGAGUUUCUUUUCAAAAUAGUGCGUUCUAGGGGGUUUCACUGUAAAAACAAAUUCCAUCGUAAUUCUAAGAACACGAGCUGUGAACAAAUUUACAAAACAAAUUUGCUCUUAAUUUUAUGAACAAAUGUCUUAUGAAAAUCAAGAACAUGUUUUCCAAAUUAAGAACGUGUUAUGAAACGACAAAUAUGCAUUUCUUUUCUCGCCUAACGCAAAUCUGGUAAAUAUUCAGCUCUUCUUAAUAAGGACGGAUGUUCAAACCCAACUUUGUACACCUUUUAGAUAUUCAGCUUAACUUACCUAGGUAGAUUUCCUUCGGAUGCGCCUGUCUAAAUUAGAUGUUGUUCACCCAAUAUUAUAUUGAACGCUAAAAUUCCAUUUCCAGAGGUCAAAUCUGCAUGACUUGGAGUGUUUUGGAUGCUAGUCUUAGAAGUAAGAGUGGGUGAGACUUUUCAAAUCAAUUUUGUAAAAACUGAGGAAACCUUUUAAAUUUAAUAAACUUGUAUUAAAAUUAAAUGAGCCUUUAGUAUAACUGCGGAAUUUUAUCAGAGUUCUCAUAUCUUGGUUUGCAAAACUCAGAAAACUUCGUAAAUAUCAUCAUCUGUUAUUAUGCUUAAGAACAAGUGAAAAUGUUAUUAAAUUUAAGAGUUAUUUUGCUCUUAAUUUCCGAUUUUUUUCACAGUGUCUAUUCCACCUGAUUCCGAUAUCAAUUAACUGUUGCUAUCAUCAGCACUACUGGGGCGGAUCAUUCUUGUACUUCUGAACCAAGGCAAGUUACACUUGUCACUUGUCGUACUUCAUCAUGGGUUAUUGGUUUAAGAUUAUUGGGGUCUCAUUUGGCUUGUUUGUUGUAUACAAUUCUAUCACAAGCUUUGAACGUUCUUGGCAUUUCUUUUCCUGAAAGUCUCAAACAGGAAAUGCUAAGUUAUCACCUGGAACACAUCAACCAAAGUUACUCAUGUUGUUCUAAAAUAAUUAAGUUUUGGAGCUAAAAAAUAACAAAAAAACGUUAACACUCCGUGUUAACAAAUAGACGAUCCGAAUAAAAGAAAAUUUAAUACAAAAUUAUUGCUACUAAUUAAAUACGUUAUUGCUUGCUAGAACUAGAGUAGUUACGACUCUUUGUUCUGAGAUUCACGGAACAAAAUCGGAGACUAACACUGCUUAUGAGUUCCCUUGCGAGACCAGGCAGUUGUUGGACGAUUGGUCGGCGACGUGGUGAUCGCCCUCGCUUUGGACGAGCGCUAGACCGAGCAACCAGAGGUGCUCGUCGUUGGAGUCGAGGUCUCGUCGGCCCUGCGCCCUGGCCUGGGCCACCUUCAGGCAGGCCAGGCUUGGAGGAGUGUUGUGUGUAUAUUGUUUGUGGGGCUGGGAGCGCCUGGAUGGGGCGUGGCCUAGCGCACAGUAGUGAUUGUUGGCGGGCGAGGGGAAGUUGGGACGAAGCAUAACGCACCGCUCCCCCGCGCGCCAAACCUGCUGGUAUAGACUGGAUCGUCUAAAAAUACAAAAAUAAUAAUCUUGAAAACGAAAUAAACAGUGUACCACUUGAUUUGAAAUUAAAAUAUGGUUGGUUCAAUUAACAUUCAACCAUGGUUUCUAAUGUGAUCCACUUAUCGACACCAAAGCCGCUGAAAAAAUAUGUGUGAGUCUUGCUCUUACCAAAGAUUUAAUAGACGACAUAAAAUUGCAUUUCUGUUGUUAAAAUGGUUCAAAAUUCUUUUUAGAUAUAUUCAGUAGUUGGUUUGUAAUGUAUCCCUACACAUGAAAGAGUUUUCAUGACCCAAUUUACCUUAAAUAAAUAUCUCAGCUGAC